CCUCUGUCUCCCUUUUAGCUUAAAGACCCUCGAACUCUAUACAAUUUACGAUCCGAGGACCCAGCCUGGGUCUCCUUCCCCUUCCCCGGCUUGUGUGUCUCGUUAAAAAACCAGUCGAAUCCCGGGAGAUAAAAGACACAGAAAUCUCCAUUCCCAAACCCGGAUUAGGGCUUGACCGCCCCCCACCGGCCACCGGAGCCCCGCAGCCCGCCUCCGGGGGGCCGUCUCCGGCGACGAUCCGGUGACCCGCGGCGCCGCGCGGGCCCGGUCGACCUAGAUCUGCCGCGGGCGCAUGAGGGAACCCCGAAUCGGCCAGAUCUAGAAGCUCCCGCGCCCUCCCGGGACCCCCCGGGCCCGUCACCAUGCAGCCCAGCGGGGGGCCCUCCAGCAGCUCGCGGAGCUCGCCGGCGAGCUCGCCGCGGCCGGAGCAGCCGCAGCCGGGCACCCCGGCGUCGGCGCAGCAGCAGUCCCAGCAGCAGCAGCAGCAGCAGCAGCAGCAGCUAGGGUUUAGGAGCCAGGGAAUGAUGCAUCACCAUGAACAGCAGCAAACAUACCAAUCCGGUGCACCACAUGGCAUGAUGGGACCAGGCGGCGGCGGUAGCUUCCCUCAGUCCUCCAGCCCAAUGCCGCCGUUUCAGGGUCAGAGGAACCUGCCGCUAUCUGGCGGACCGCAGGGCAUGGUUGGAGGUCAGAUGCACAACCAGAUGGCAAUGCAGCAACAAUACCUGAAGCUUGCGAUGCAGCAGCAGCAGCAGAAGGCGGCCCAGGGUAUGCUCCUCCAGCAGCAGGCCAAGAUGAAUAUGCCGGGGUCAUCGUCAAGAGACCAAGAUAUGGUUAACAACCCUGCCAAGAUGCAAGAGCUUAUGGCCCUUCAGAUGUUUAAGCGACAAGCUGAACAUAUUCAGCAGGCUGAGAAGCAGAAAGAGCAGGGACAACCAAGCAGUAAUGAGCAAAGAACUGGGGAUAUGAGGCCUCCUAUGCCUCCUCAAGGAGUACCUGGACAGCAGUUGUCGUCAGUGGGUAUGAUCAGGCCCAUGCAGCCAAUGCAAGGCCAAGUGGGCAUGGGCAGUGCCGGUGGUGGCCCAUUAACACCAUUGCAGUUUCAAGCCAUCCAAGCCUGGGCAAAGGAGAACAACUUAGACCUGUCCAAUCCUACAAACAUGAGUGUGAUUUCUCAACUCCUGCCGAUCUGGCAGUCUAGCAGGAUGGCAGCCAUGCAGAAACAAAAUGAGGCUAUGGCUGCGCAGCAGCAAGCAACAUCCUCGCAAAUGAACAGCGAUUCCCCAGGGCAUGGCAAUGUUGCCAGUCAGGGUGCCCCAUUGAAGGCCAGGCAGCCCAUUCCCCUGAGCUCAGUUUCUGGUGGAGAAGAGGCUAAGGUAGUGAAUUCGAGCAACUUGCAGUUGCAACAACAGUUAUCUGCCCAUAACAGGGAUGGCUCAAAUGCUGUGAGGCCACCUAUGACAGUGGGUAAUGGUUCACAGACGAUGCAUAUCCCACAGAGUUCUGGGCAUGUGAAUAAGGUUCCUGAGCAAUCCAAUCCAAAAAAUGUCCUUGCAAAUUCUGAAGCGGUGCAGAUGCAGCAUGCAAGACAGAUGCAGCAGCUUAACCAAGCUGCUGCCCCCACAGCAAUCCCUGGUGAAACAGGAGGGUCACAGGCCCCAACUCCAAGUGCCCGGUCGCAAACGGGGCAAACGGGUUUCACAAAAAAUCAACUUCAUGUACUCAAAGCUCAGAUAUUAGCUUUUCGGCGUUUGAAGCGCGGUGAUCGAACACUCCCGCCAGAAGUUCUUGAAUUGAUUGUAACUGGACGGCCUCCUGAUUCACAAGGGCAGCAGAUUUCUGGACCUCAGGCAACACCUAACCGUGAAAGGCCUGGUGUAAGCAGCGCAGAUGAACAUGGAAGGCAAAUGGAGACUGGUGAUAAAGCUCCUGAAAAACAGGCAUUGUUGAAGGGACCAUGUUUGCCAAAGGUGGAAGUUUCUGCUUCAGAAGAUAAAGCUAGUCCUGCCAGUGGUCCUGGUCCCAUGCAAGUGAUGAAAGCUUCUCCAAAAGAGUCUCUUAAAAUUGGACCAGUUUCAGUACCAGAGCAUAGUAACAAUACUGUGAUUAAAUCCGAGCAAGAUCUAGAACGGGGUAUCCAGAGAACACCUGGGAGAAGUGAUUACAAUGCUGAGAGGGGUAAAUCUUUACCAGCAGAAAGUGGUUCAGUAGAUGCUGAGCAGACAAAAAGGGCUGCCUCGACAAGCAGUGCCCCAGUCCCAAGAGAUGUUCCCAGAAAAUACCAUGGUCCGCUAUUCGAUUUCCCGUCUUUCACUAGGAGGCACGAUUCCUUGGGACCUACAAAUUACAACAGUAAUCUGUCACUAGGUUAUGAUGUGAAAGAUUUAUUAGCUCAGGAAGGAAUGAUAGUUCUUGGUAAGAAACGUGAGGAUAACUUAAAAAAGAUAAGUGGUUUGCUUGCUAUUAAUCUAGAGAGGAAAAGAAUCCGACCUGAUCUUGUCUUGAGGCUACAGAUUGAAGAAAAGAAGCUCAAACUCCUAGAACAUCAGGCUCGGCUCCGGGAUGAAGUUGAGCAUGAGCAACAAGAAAUAAUGGCAAUGCCAGAUAGGAUAUACAGAAAGUUUGUCAGACAAUGUGAACGUCAACGUGUUGACCUUGCAAGACAAGUUCAGCAGAUGCAGAAAGCCUCGAGAGAGAAGCAGCUGAAAUCCAUUUUCCAGUGGCGCAAGAAGCUUUUGGAGGCACAUUGGGCUAUUCGUGAUGCUCGAAUAACUCGUAAUCGAGGGGUGGCCAAGUACCAUGAGAGGAUGUUGCGAGAAUUCUCAAAGAGGAAAGAUGAUGAUAGGAACAAAAGAAUGGAGGCAUUGAAAAACAAUGAUGUGGAAAGAUACCGUCAAAUUUUGUGGGAACAGCAAACGAGUGUUCCUGGAGAUGCAGCUCAAAGAUACAAUGUUCUAUCUUCUUUCCUGACUCAGACUGAAGAGUACCUUUAUAAGCUUGGAGGAAAAAUAACCGCUACCAAGAGUCAGCAACAAGUAGAAGAAGCAGCAAAUGCUGCAGCUGCAGCUGCACGGGCACAGGGUCUAUCUGAGGAAGAAGUGAGGGCUGCUGCACAAUGUGCUGGUCAGGAGGUUAUGAUAAGGAACACAUUCUCUGAGAUGAAUGCACCAAGGGAUAAUACGUCAGUUAACAAGUACUACACUUUAGCUCAUGCUGUCAGUGAAAGAGUUACCAAGCAACCAUCACUGUUGCGAGCAGGAACUUUAAGGGACUACCAACUGGUGGGCCUACAGUGGAUGCUUUCUUUGUACAAUAAUAAGUUGAACGGUAUUUUGGCUGAUGAGAUGGGUCUUGGCAAGACUGUGCAGGUUAUGGCAUUGAUCGCAUACCUGAUGGAGUUUAAAGGGAAUUAUGGCCCACAUCUCAUAAUAGUGCCAAAUGCUGUCUUGGUCAAUUGGAAGAGUGAACUGCUAAAUUGGUUGCCAUCAGCAUCUUGCAUAUUUUAUGUCGGUGCAAAGGACCAAAGGCAGAAGCUGUUCUCUCAAGAGGUUAUGGCCAUGAAAUUUAAUGUUCUUGUAACAACAUAUGAAUUUGUUAUGUUUGACCGUUCCAAGCUUUCAAGGGUUGAUUGGAAGUACAUUAUAAUUGAUGAGGCGCAGCGGAUGAAGGACAGAGACUCAGUCUUGGCGCGUGAUCUUGAUCGCUAUCGUUGCCAACGACGUCUCCUUCUCACUGGUACUCCUCUACAGAAUGAUCUCAAGGAGCUCUGGUCCCUCUUGAACCUGUUGCUUCCAGAAGUAUUUGACAGUAGUAAGGCAUUUCAAGAUUGGUUCUCUAAGCCGUUUCAGAGGGAUGGUCAGACACAUAGUGAAGAAGAUGAUUGGCUUGAGACAGAGAAGAAAGUAAUAAUCAUUCACAGGCUGCAUCAGAUUUUGGAACCCUUCAUGCUACGUAGGCGUGUGGAAGAUGUUGAAGGCUCACUUCCACGGAAGGAUUCUAUUGUUUUGAGGUGUAGAAUGUCUGCCAUUCAAGGAGCUAUAUAUGAUUGGAUCAAAUCUACUGGUACUAUUAGAGUUGAUCCUGAAGAUGAGAAAAAACGUGCACAAAGAAAUCCCAUGUACCAGUUCAAGACAUACAAGAAUCUCAACAACAAGUGCAUGGAGCUAAGAAAAGUUUGUAACCAUCCUCUCCUGUCAUAUCCAUUCUUGAAUCAUGGGAAAGAUUUUGUGAUCAGAUCUUGCGGGAAGUUGUGGAAUCUUGAUAGAAUUUUAAUUAAGCUUCAUAGGGCAGGCCAUCGUGUUCUCCUUUUUAGCACAAUGACAAAACUUCUUGACAUCAUGGAAGACUAUUUGCAAUGGAGGCGACUUGUUUACAGGCGAAUUGAUGGAACAACAAGCUUGGAAGAUCGAGAGUCGGCGAUUGUUGACUUCAACAGGCCUAAUUCUGAUUGUUUUAUAUUCUUGCUUAGUAUUCGUGCUGCUGGUAGGGGUCUGAAUCUUCAGAGCGCAGACACUGUUGUAAUAUAUGACCCUGAUCCAAAUCCACAAAACGAAGAGCAAGCAGUUGCUAGGGCCCAUCGUAUAGGGCAGACUAGGGAGGUGAAGGUUAUUUACAUGGAGGCUGUUGUUGAUAACAUAUCUAGUUAUCACAAAGAGGAUGAGUUGAGAAAUGGAGGGAGUGGAGAUUUGGAGGAUGAUCUUGCUGGGAAAGACAGGUACAUGGGAUCAAUUGAGAGUCUCAUCCGCAGCAAUAUCCAACAAUACAAAAUUGAUAUGGCAGAUGAGGUCAUUAAUGCUGGUCGUUUUGAUCAAAGAACGACCCAUGAGGAAAGGCGGAUGACUUUAGAGACACUCCUGCAUGAUGAAGAGAGAUAUCAAGAAACUGUUCACGACGUGCCUUCAUUACAGGAAGUGAACCGAAUGAUUGCUAGGACUGAACGUGAAGUUGAACUUUUUGAUCAGAUGGACGAAGACUUCGAUUGGACUGGGGAUAUGGUGAAACAUCAUCAGGUUCCAAAGUGGCUUCGUGUUAGCUCUACUGAAGUAGAUGCUGUUGUGGCAAGUCUAUCCAAAAAACCGUCUAGAAAUAUGUCAUCUGGUGGCAUUGCUUUAGACACUAAUGAUAUACCUGAGAAGAGAAGGGGGCGGCCAAAGGGUACUGGCAAGUAUUCCAUCUACAGGGAGAUUGAUGAUGAAGAUCUUGAAGAAUCUGAUGAAGAUUCUGAAGAGAGGAAUACCACCACACCCCUGCCUGAUGAUGGGGAAAUAGGGGAAUUCGAAGAUGAAGAGGACAAUGAUGAUUUGGUACCUGAUAACAAGGAUGAAUCAGAGGAAGAAGAGCCUAUCCAUGAUGGCAGGUACAAUUUUACCGAUGGAUUAGGUAGCAGAAAAGCUAACAGGAUGGAAGACGCUGGUUCCACAGGUUCUUCUUCUGGAAGCAGGAGAUUACCACCGCCUGCACCUUCUUCAUCUUCGAAAAAAUUGCGGUCCCUAUCUGCUCUGGAUGCCCGCCCUGGUUCUUUGUCAAGGAGAACUCCUGAUGACCUAGAGGAAGGUGAGAUUGCAAUGUCAGGUGACUCACAUAUGGACGUCCAGCAGUCAGGGAGCUGGAAUCAUGAACGUGAUGACGGCGAGGAUGAGCAAGUGUUGCAACCAAAAAUAAAACGCAAAAGGAGUAUUCGUGUUCGUCCAAGGCCUAAUGCAGAAAAGCAGGAAGAUAGAUCUGGCGGAGAAGGGGUCUUCCCCCAGCGUGGUACUCAUCUUGCAUUUCAAGGAGAUUGUGAUUAUGAUUCACAAUUUAAGUCUGACUUAGGUGCCCGUCUUUUUGCUGAUCCAGCUGCCAGGCAGCAAGACGCAGUUCAUCCUAUAUUCAAACAGAAGCGCAACAUGCCAUCUAAGAAGGUUUCGCCUGCUUCUAGGACAGGGAAAUUGACUUACUUGUCUGGAUCUGGUGAAGGAUCUGCUGAACGCUCCAAGGAAAAUUGGAGCAGUAAGGCCAUUGACUCUGCUUCCCCAGAGUACCGCGGCACAAAGAUGUCUGACAGUAUGCAAAGAAAGUGCAAGAAUGUGAUAAGCAAGCUAUGGAGGAGGAUUGACAAAGAGGGUCAUCAAAUCAUACCUAAUAUAUCUUCUUGGUGGCGGAGGAAUGAAAAUUCCUCAUUCAGAGGUCCAGCUGGUAGCACCCUUGACCUACAGAAAAUUGAACAGCGAGUUGAUGGAUUCGAGUAUAGCGCUGUAACUGAGUUCAUAGCGGACAUGCAGCAGAUGUUGAAGAGUGUGGUUCAGCAUUUCAGCUAUAGGCCUGAGGUCCGAAUAGAAGCUGAGACCCUCCAUAACUUAUUUUUCAACAUAAUGAAGAUUGCCUUCCCAGACUCAGACUUCAGCGAAGCUAAGAAUGCGAUGUCAUUUUCGAAUCCCGGAGGAGCUGCAAGUGGUGCUGCUGGGCAGUCGACAAAGCAAGCUGCUUUGGGCCAUAAGCGCCGAGCUAGCACCAGUGAAGCAGAGCAGCAUGGUUCGGGACAUAGCAGGCAUAAUCAGCCUAGCGAGGUUCCUAGCCGGACUCACAGUUCUAGAUCUGAGAGAGAUUCGAGGCAUUCUGGAUCUGGCAACAGGGAUCAACUCCCGGAUGGUGCUGGGUUAUUGCACCCAAGCGAUAUGUUCAUUGUUAAGAAGAAAAGACAAGAACGGCCAAGGAACAGCAUUGGUUCUCCAUCUAGCUCAGGCCGAGCUGGACCGCUCUCGCCAACCAACCCUGGGCGGCUGGGCGCGGUGCCCUCACCCAGAGGUGCCAGGAUGCCAUUCCAAAGGGAUGCGCAUCCAUCCCAGCAGUCGAUGCAUUCUACUGUUUGGGGUGCGCACUCAGAUCAUGGGGGGAGUUCCUCGACACCCGGCAUUGGGGACAUCCAGUGGGCCAAGCCAGCCAAGCGACAAAGGACUGACACCGGCAAGAGGCGGCCGAGCCAUUUGUGAGGAUUCUUUGCAUCGCGGUGUACAUUCUCUGGCAUCCUUGAUUGGUCUAACCUGUGAAGUGUGGACUCCAGCGGUGUACAUUCGCGUCAAUUUGGCAUCCUGUCGAGUCCAUCCUUUGCAUAUAUGACCGCCUUGCUGGCCUUUUGUUGCUGUGGGCAUCUGGAAUUUUUUCCUUGUAUGUUAGGUUCAUCAUUCUGUAAAGGGGGAAUUCUUAUGGUGGUGCGGUGCAGCUAGAAAAUGUCGUUCACGUAGCAUUGAAGAUGAAGAGGAUCAGUCGGCCUUGAUAAUAAAUUAGUUAUUUAUUCCCAUGUUUUA